AUGUCGGCGCGGACGCCAUUGCCCACGGUGAACGAGCGGGACACAGAGAACCAUACAUCUGUGGAUGGAUAUACUGAAGCACAUGUCCAGCCUACCAAGUCAAGUAGCAGACAGAACAUUCCCCGGUGUAGAAACUCCAUUACGUCAGCAACAGAUGAACAGCCUCACAUCGGAAAUUACCGCUUACAGAAAACAAUAGGGAAGGGAAAUUUUGCCAAAGUGAAAUUGGCAAGACAUGUUCUAACAGGUAGAGAGGUAGCUGUGAAAAUAAUAGACAAAACUCAGCUAAACCCUACCAGUCUACAAAAGGUAUUUAAUUAA